CGUGUUUACUUCCGGUCUGCCCGCCUCCUGUCAGCUGUGUGUCCGCCGCCUCUGGAGCCUCCUCCGUCCACCCCGCAGGCUCCGCGCCCUGCUCCCCGCCUCCGCCAUGAGCCAAGACGACGACGGAGACAUUAUCGAGCACCACGUCGAGGAGGAUAUGGAGAGCGGGGCCGCGGGCCAGGCCGCGUCCUCCUCCUUCCUGGACAGUCCGUCCGACCGGGAGGGAGCCAGCAGCACCCAGUCCUCCCACAGACUGCUGGCCUACAGCGACGCUCUCAUCUCCAUCAUCGCCACCGUCAUGAUUCUACCUGUUGCUCACACCAAAGUGGAAGACAUGAGGUUACAGUCGGACGAGCUGAGAGAGAGCGUCCAGGUCCUGCUGACAGAGAUCGCCGUUUACUUGAUGACGUUCCUCAUUGUGUCUGUCGCCUGGGCUGCUCACAUCAGGUUGUUUCAGAUCAUUGUGCGCAUUGAUGACUGCCUCGCCCUGCUUAACCUGGCCUGCAUGAUGCUGAUAACCUUCCUCCCGUACACGUUCUCUUUAAUGGCCACCUUCCCUGAUCACAUCCUGGGGAUGCUGCUGUUCUGUGGGUGUGUGAUGGUUCUCGGCAUCAUUCAGUCGGUGAUCGUGCUGUACGCCUUCAGCCGCCCCUUCCUGCUGAACCACCAGAUCCAGAUCUCUGAGAACCAGAAGGUCUACAAACACCACAUCCUCAAAGUCAUCAUGAGUCCCAUCAUGUGCUUCUUCGCCAGCAUCUUUUCCUUCAUCUUCUUCCAGCUGGUUGUCCUACGUGCUCUUGCCAUUGUCAUCUUCCUGCCCUACAUCUCGCAGUUGAAGUGGUGUCGCAGCAAAGCCAUCGGUCCAGUGGCGGAGAGUCCAGACACCAUGAUGUUUUACACCUACCUGCCGAAUGAACCCCUCAGCAAAGAGCGAGUGGAGGCUUUCAGCGACGGCGUCUACGCCAUCGUCGCCACGCUCCUCAUCCUGGACAUAUGCGAGGACAACGUCCCCAACCCCACGGACGUCCAGCAGAAGUUUGGCGGCAGCCUGACUGCGGCGCUGCAGGUCUACGGUCCAGAGUACCUGGCGUACUUCGGUUCCUUCGCCACCGUCGGCCUCCUGUGGUUCGUCCACCACUCGCUCUUCCUCCACGUCACCAAGGCGACGCGCCUCAUGGGCCUCCUGAACACCUUCUCGCUGGCGUUCGUGGGCGGUCUGCCUCUGGCCUACCAGCUGACGCACGAGUUCCCGCGCGACUCCCUCAACGAGCUGGAGGCCAUUCAGAUCAGCUGCGUCAUCAUCUUCUUCGCCGGCAUGUUCCAGCUGGCCAUUUGGGUGGUGGCGCUCUACAACGAGCGGGAGACUCUGCACCCGUACGUGCGAUAUGGCGGGCGAGAGCACGAGUUCAUGCUGGCUAAGCUAGCUCUGUACCCCUGCGUGGCUCUGGGGACGUUCUUCCUCACCUGCAUCCUGAGCAGAUUUAGCGCUCCCAUCUUCCACCUGAUGGAGAUCACCGUGCCGUUCGCCUUUCUGGUCCUGCGGCUCCUGGUGCGCGUCGGGCUGGCGCUGCUGCGCCUCAUCUUCUGUCCCGACAGGUCCAAUCUGAGGACGGCGGUGGAAGAGGAGCCCGACGAGACCAGGGUGCCGUUUAAAACGCCGUGGUGACCUAGCUCGCCUGAGGGGGCGUCGGAGCGGAAAAUGAAGACAGCCGAGAGAUCGGAUCUCUGAGAGUUACUGGUAGAAGUCAAGAGUCUGUUGGAAUUUAAAGUAGCAAGAAUACAGGAAGUGGUCUGUCCUCUUUUCAUCGUGUCAGUUGGUUAAAAUCUCAAGAUGAAGUGAGCUCAGUUCAGAGGAGGACCCAGGUUUGAGGAGAAUCUCCGUCCAGGUUCAGAACCAGAGAGUUACUGAGCUGUUAGCCAAAGCUUCUCCAUUCAGUUCACUUUCUAAACAGCAAACCCGUGGAAUCACCAUGAAGACUAGCUAGCCAGCUGGCACCUGUUCCGUUUGCCAGGCUAGCUCUGCCAUGAAGGCAACAUUAGUCUCGCUUACUAGCUGUGUUAGCGAUCAUCAAGUUCAGAGCCAGAUACGGUUUGUCCAUCAGAAAGUGUUUUAUAUGUUUGAUCAUAGACAAUGGCGAGAAGAUUGUGGAAGUUUCCAGUUUGUGAUUAUUUCGGUUUAUUUGGGCAAGUGACAGGAAGUUCUGAUGAAAGCCACAAGCUUCUCACUGAUCUUAUCCUUGAAUGCUCGAGCUUCUUUAUUUCCGUGUGUUCACGUGUGCUUUGUAAUGAAUUGUCUGCUUACUGCCAUCUGUUGGUACGGAGGGAAAUCUAUUUAAAAAAAGAAUGGAUUUUUUUCUGUGAUUAGUAAUGUGGUUUUUAGGACAAUAAUAAUGAUAAAAACACUGAAAAAAAAGGAUAGAAAAUGAGAGAAUCAUUGGAAGAAUGAUAAAGCUAGUUUAAUUAGCAUGGAGAGAAAGACUUUUGUUUUUUUUUUUACAUUGAGUUUGCGCUGCUAUGAAAGUCAAAUCAAGUCUUUGACACAUUUGUUUUACUGCCUUCUGGUUUAAGUGCCCAAGGAGGAAAACUGUUUUCUGAGGUUUUGGGACGAUGCUGUCAUUUCUCAGAGGUUCAAAGUAUCUUCCUGAACUGAAGGUAGAAUAAGAUUUUCUGAGGGGGAUCCUCGUCUGUGAUGCCAGACGCUGUUUUUUCUACUUUAGGAUACUGUUUGAAGUGUAUCCAGGUAUCCAGUUAGUUAUUUCCAUUUGGACUCUGGAUCCAAACGCGGUGUGAAACGGCACCAGUCCUGCGCGAGACUUUACAGUUCUUGACUAAAUUCUUACUGGAUCAGCUGCAUCCAUCAGUUACUCUUAAAAAUCAGAAUUUCUCUGAAUUUGUAUUGGGAUUCAACAGUCUAGCGGCCUAGCUUUGGUCCCCGAGCCGUAUGUUUGACACCCCUGAUCUUAAAGGUCAUGACCAUUUCAAAAAAUCAAAGAAUGCAGCAAAUUAUUAGUUUCUGGAUCUGGAGGUUCAGAAAAAAAGAGGCGAAAUCUCUACAUUCAGUAAAGGAGAUGUUGAGGAACUGAUCUCGUGUUAAAAUACAAAAUGUCCUGCUGGGUGUUGCCGUUUAUUUACCUUUAUUUAGACUUGGGGCAGAUAUGGCCAUAAAACGAUCAAUUGCACUAUAUUUCUGUUCAAUCUGUGUGUGUUUGUGUUGAUUUAAAUGGAAAGACUGAGUCUUUGUUUGUAUGAAGUGGAAAAAAAAUCUGUUUGAGUGUUUUUUUUUUAUUUUAUGAUUAUUAACAGUUUGUUUUGAUUUUAACUGAAAGUUCUUGACUGUAAAGUUUAGUGAAAUAAAUCAGGUGGUUUUUACAUCUGAAGACACUGAAGCCAGUUCAGCGCUGGGAUGCUUUCUUUAAGAACUGACUCAGCCAGAAGUUGCACUUUAACAGAAACCUGCCAAUGACAAAUGUUUCUCCAUCCUCGUUUUGUUCUGGAUUAUCUUCUGCUUCACUUUUCUUUUCCUCUUCCUAAUCCGCUCAUUAAAACAUGUUUGUCUCCUCA